AUGUCUCUGCCAUUUAACAAGGAGCAUCUGGCUCCACUACAACGUUUUGUAGAGUUGUGCACAGCGAACCCUCAGAUGCUUCAUUUACCCGAUUUAGCAUUUGUCAAAAAAUUCAUUGAACAUUUCGGCGGAAAAGUCCCGAUGCAAGCUGCUGGUGAUCCACCAAGCAUGGAAGUACCAAUGCAGCCGUCAAAUGACGAACCUGAACAAAUGGAAUCAGAGUCUGAUGCGGAGAGUGAACUGGAACUUGAUAUGACCAAUGUUGUUGAACCCGACAAUGAUCCACCACAAAAAAUGGGAAAUCCAACCGUCGAGCCAACUGAGGAAGAAAUCGCCGAAGCUCAGUCUAAGCGCUCCGAAGCAGUUUCAGCAUUCUCCGAAAAAGAUUAUGAGAAAGCCAUUAAACUGUACACAGAAGCGAUAACUCUGAACCCCCACGCAGCUCUGCUUUACGCUAAGCGCGGGCAAGUUUUCCUGGAGAUGAAGAAACCGAACGCUUGCAUCCGUGACUGCGACCGUGCCCUGGAACUGAACCCCGACAGCGCAGCAGCUCACAAAUUCCGUGGUCGGGCGAACCAGCUUCUUGGAAACUUCGAGGAGGCUGCUACUGACCUGAGAUUGGCCUGCAAAUUCGAUUUUGACGAACAAGCUGACGAGUGGCUUCGUGAAGUGACUCCAAAUGUGAGUACUGCUGUUUCUUCUUUCAUAUUCCUGUUUGGCUUUGUUAAUUUAAGAGUUCAAAAGUCGAGCCCGAAUUUUUCUUGCGAAUAA